AUGGAACAUUUGGGGGUUAACAGAGGGAGAGCUGGGAAUAGGAGACGUGGUCUGUCCAUCAACAGCAUUACCCAGGGACAAGAAAAAGCGAUGAACAGUGCCAUUGACAACCUGGAAAGUGACAUCUCGCUGGUUCGAUCCCAAUGGCACAAUGUAUUGACCGGUUCUUCGAAUCCGCUUGAGCUGGCAUUGGCGUUCUUGGACGAUACGUCGGUCGGCCUGCAGUACAGAUAUCCAGAGUUCACCCAACUAGAGGAUAAAAUUGCAACCCACUUGCAAGAGGUGGUGAAUGAACACAGCCAAGCAUUUAACGCGAACGUUGCGUCUUAUAGCAAAACUGUCAUGGCCCUCACUGAUGCACAGGAUAAGACGUCCAAAGUCAAUAAGAAUGUGAAUAAGGUGAACGAAUUAAUCACUAUGGAGAAGGGUGCUUUGGGAGAACUGAACCAAACAAGUUUAAAAUACAGCUCUUUGAUCUGCUCUUUAUCUUCCAUCGAGGAACUACUACAACUCCCCGAAAAGAUUGAAGAUAACAUCAGGAAGGAGGAAUAUGCGGAGAUCUUGAAGCUAAUCCAAAGAGGGUUCCAACUUUUAAAUCAGCCUGACAUGAAGCCAAUCAAACAUUUGCAACAAGUGAAACAGCAGAUAGAAUUACAAGAACACACCCUGUUUGAGAACAUGAUUCAGGAAAUUAACAGUAUAAUCUAUUCCACCAACACCAACGUGGAGUUGGAAUUCGACAUUUUGAAGACAAUCAGCAUAUCUCAGAAUGGGUUUACCAGUUUGGAAAACUACUUGUAUAAUAUUGCCAGCAUUGAUCUCCCUAAACAGUCCUCAAUCAUCAACAAUAAACUUGAUACAUUUAUCGAUUCGUUGCAUAACUCGAGCGCAUACCAGGACGGUUGCUUGUCGACCAGUGAGGAUACUUCAGGCUACGCAAGGCUAUUUACCCUUUUUUCUAUAAUAAAGGGGAUCAACAGAUUACCUACAGCUUUGAGUAUCUUGAAUGAAAGAAAUAAACAAGAGUUACAUAAUAUCAUUUUGACAGCUACGGAUAAGGUAAGGACAAAACAUCCAACUUUAUUAAAAAAACAGCCUGAAAAUGCGGACGACGAAUCCUUUGGUCUUUCUGUAAGAGAUUUGUUGUCUUUGGUUAUUAGAGAAUGUUUCUGGGAGAUUUUUUUAAAAUUUCUAUUAGCAAUCCAGGGCCACAGAGCGGUGUUUGAAAUUUCCAACGUCUUGCAACCAAAUGUCUCAUCUUAUCAGGCUUAUAGUUUUGAUGUUGUGUGGAGGAAAUUGUUUGAUGAAAUACAAAUACUGCUAACUCGAUACUUAACAAAUUCAAACUUGCUCAAAAAUGCCCACACUCAAGAUGUUGGUUCUGGCGGUGUUCCCGACCUACCAGACCGAAAGAACUUACACCAGAUUUUUUCUUUACAAAACAACAUUGAGGAUAACACCGAGGCUAAACAUCAUACCAACGAAUUGAAAUCCCUUUUGAAGGACAUAUUCCUAGGCUUCACCGUGACUUCUAAUAUGAAUAUGGACUCUGUAUAUGUCCACGAUGAGACUUUUGAACAAGAGGAACCUUUGAUUAUGCCCUCAGUUUUCAACCUGAAAAUGAUUUUAGAGCCAUUUUUAUUCUUUUCACAAGGUUCGUCCAAACUGCUUCCAGAAACAUUAUCAAAAGACUCCACUCCGUCGUUAGUGUUUUUUAACAAGUAUAUGGAUAAUCACUUUUAUCCACAGUUAAAAUUAACGAUGGAUCACUUGUUCAUAUCGAAAGUGGAAUCGAACAAUCCAUUUGCCGUGGAGCUUCUAGAUGAAACAAAACUUAUAAUGAAGAGUGCCGCUGAAUUUCAAAAGUUGUUUUUCGGUGUCAUAUAUGUGUCCAAUACUUCCAAUGUGUUUAGACCUCAGAUGGUUGAUGUUAUACUAAAUCUGUUAACGAGGUUUUAUCAUCAUAAUUUGAAUAUCUUUGAGUCACUAUUGAACAAUAAUCAAAAGCUAGGAAAAAAUAUGAUCACGACUUGGUUGCAAGAUGAACAACUCUUGAAGCUGGAAGAGAAGAUUAUAGAAGGCUCAACAGAAGGAACUGUGGAUGUCGAGACUGAGGAGUUGUUCAAAUACUGCCCGGAGUUCUAUUUGAAAAACAAUAGACUAAGACGGGGUGAUUUCUUUAAUGAGCCGACUUUUGACUCUCUUGUAUAUCUGACAAACACACUUUGUUGGGUUCUAAGCUGGCUCCCAGCAUUGGAACAGCGCGUGGAUUCAUUUGACGAGGAGAGGCCAGACGCCAACAGUUUGAACGCCAAUGAGUUGAGAGAGAAGUGGGCCUUUUUCGAGUACAGUGAUGAAGAGUUGUAUUCUACAAAAAUGUCUACUACAAAACUGUUAUUGAAUAAUGAAACUUCCGCGAAAUUCUGUAAGUCUGUCGACGGGCUAUCACAAUUGAGAUUGAAAUCGAUGGCUUUGCUAAGAUUUGACAUUCGUUCGAGAUGCAUCUAUAGCAUUGGGAAGUUGUUUAUGAAUGCCCGCGAGUGGAAGCUAGAUGCUGGGAGCAACGAGCUUGAUGAAAACAUAUCUUCAUUAAUAUCACAAAUGAAGAAUAUUGAAAAUAAAUUGAAUAGGCAACUAUCAGAAAAGGAUAAAGAUACCGUAUUCACAGGUAUUGAUAUUGCCAAUAACAUAGCCUUUAUUAAAGGAGCCUCGGGACUCGAAAUACUAAACGGAAAUGGUACGAAGCGGAUGAUCAGGAAUAUCAAUGUGCUCCAACAUGGAACCAGGAAUAUGUAUCACGAGACUGCAAAUAUUGCCCUGAGCAGGGCGCUAUUAUUCUACUCUCUCAUAGAUUCAGACCCAGCCAUGGUGUUUAACAAGAUUGAAGAAGGUUUACUACAAUUUUGUUCUGUAGAGGAUCUGAAGAAUAUUUUGAGACUUCAGUUUAGCGAAGAGUUGAACAGACAAAAACACACAGCGAACACAAAAUCAGCCAAGCCGGUUUCACAGUUGACGAAUAGAAGGUAUGAAGAGGCAAUGAAGAAACUGAUCUCGCUGGGAGGAGACCUCAAGAAGUAA